AGAUCUGCCGCUUUCAUGAUGAUGGCUGAACAGUGCGUAUCGCUCUCCAAAGACCCCGAAGGUGCUGGACCCCCCUCCGUGGAGACCCCCACCGUUAAGGAAAUAGAACAGCUUUUGAAUGCCGGGAGGCCUUCCUGUAAUCAUGUUGACGAAGUAUGGCCCAACCUUUUCUUAGGAGAUCACGUUACAGCCCACAGCAGGUUUGAUCUGUGGAAAAUGGGCAUUAGCCAUGUUUUAAAUGCUGCCCAUGGCACCAUUUAUUGCCAGGAACCGCAUGACUUUUAUGGCACGACCGUCGAAUACCAUGGUGUACCGGCGCACGACCUUCCCGAUUUUGACAUCAGUCGGUACUUUUACUCUGCGGCCGAAUUCAUACACAAAGGCUUGGCUACCCCAGGAGGCAAAAUCUUAGUGCACUGUGCCUUUGGGAUAAGCCGGUCAUCUUCCUUGGUGCUGGCAUACCUCAUGAUCUACCAUCAUUUAUCUUUGGUUGAAGCCAUUCAGACCGUGAAAGCGCAUCGGUGGAUCUUCCCCAAUCGAGGGUUUCUGAAGCAACUGAGAAAUUUGGACAUUCAGCUACGAAAACAUUAAGUUAAGAGAAAACAACUCCCCAGCAACCAGGAGA